UCAGUUAAGCAUGGGUUGAGCAUUAGAAAGCAUAAGUAAAAGAAAGUUAAGUAAAACGUUUAAGUUACCUAAUACUUUACGAUAUAUCUUUUUUCUCAAAGUGUUUUUUAUUACAUAUGUGGUUUAACCCUAAAGUAACAUUAAUUUUACUAUUGAGUUACUCGUGAAGAAUCAUGAUAGCAGGAAACGCUUCCAUUUUCUACCCGUUAUAUGGCGCAUGGAACGUUUUCACUAGUUACUGCAGAUGUUGAGUGUGGAGCGUUCUCAUUGGCUGCUAAUGUGAAACGCUUUUAUGUGAUCAUGAGAAGCGCCAAGUGCGUGUGGCUAUUUUCUACAGACAAGUGUAUGUUACGAAAUACAUCUGGCACGUUACUACGUUUUCAGACGCGGAAGAAUGAACAAGUGAAUACUAUAUUCGACGUUAAUAGUUAUUUCUCGUGUACUAAACUUACAAGUUGAACGAAAAUAACAUAAAUAAUUCUUUGUGUAAGCUUUAGUAAUAUAAAUCAGACAUUUUCAUUAUUUUUAAUUAAUAAUAAUGGUAAAAUUGCCUGUUGCGAUUUGUCAAAGUGAAUAGUGCUUUGGUGGACAAUACAUCGAGGGUUGUUCUUAUAUUUAUGACUCAUACCGAGUAAUCUCGAACAAUAUAAAACAAAUAAGUGUAAAGUGUAAAGUGUAAAGUGUAAAGUAAAGUAAAUAACUUAUAUUAAAUCAAUGACGUUACAACGGAAUACAAUCAAAAAUUCUUCUUAAUAAUUACUAUUAAGAUUUAAGAUCAUGGAGAAAAUGAAUAAUUUCAAUAGUGACCUUUUCUUGUCAGAAAGUGAUUACGAUGGGAACGAUGGCGAUUAUAAUGAUAAUGAAGUUACCAAAUAUCAUGACAAACAGAGUAAUAAUUUUAAAGCAAAAACGAAAAAGAAAUAUCGUACUUCAGCUUCUGAAAGUAUAGCAAAGAAAAAGAAACGAAGCAAAAAAGUAACCGAUAUAAUGUCUAAUGUCAACAAAGAAAAAGAAGCUUCGACAUCGAAUGCUAAUAACUAUGAUAACGACGACUAUCCUCAAAACUUUAAUGAAAUGAAUAAUGAUUCUGAUUUUGAGGUGAAACAUACAUCUCAUGAUUCUUUUUAUGACUUUAACAAAGAUGCACAAAUUGAUAGAAUACAUGAAACUUCCCCUUUUAAUAUUGAAGCAUCUGCUUCAAAUAUUUCAAAAGGGAUUAAGCAACAUCGUUUGUCGAGUGAUGAUACUGAUAAUGAUGAUCAAAAAAGACGUAGUAAUUCAUAUGAUGAUCAUGACGACAAUGAUGGUGACAGAAAUAGUAGUUUCAUUAAAGACAAUAUAUAUGAUAUCGAUAAAACUACUGAAAAGAAUAGACAAAUUCUUUAUGAGGAUUUCAAUAAAGAACAGUUUGAAAGUUCAUAUGAGAUGGCAGAAAGUUUUAGUGAUGAUGCACCUACAUUCAAUAUAUCCAACAGUAACAAAAUAAAGUACAAUGAAUCAUUUGAAAGUGAUAAAUCAUUAAAAAGGAGUAAAAAUAACGAUGAAAAUUCUGCUAAGAAAUUAUGCUUGGGUAAAGUAGGAAAUACAUCAAUCACAACUGAUAGUGCUACAAAUGGAAAAGGAAAAGUGGAACGAAUGAUGGAAAAAAUGGGAUAUCAGGCUGGUAAAGGUCUUGGAAAAAAUAAUCAAGGUCGAUUAGAGCCAGUACAAUCGUCAAAGCAACAUGGACGAAGAGGAAUUGGACUUUCUUAUCCUGAACUCGAAGCUGCAAGAUUAAAGUGGAAUCCUGAUGAAGAAAUUGUACAAAUUAAAGAAGAAAUGGAAUGGAUAAAAAAUACACAUCGUCAUAUACCAACUUUUAAAGAAAUGCAUGAUUGGAUGGUAUUAGGGCCAAAAAAAGAAACAAUAGAAGAUGAAACUAAAUUUUGUGAGGCAAAAAUAGUGAAAGAUAUCAUCAAUUCAAAGACAAUAUUUAAUAACAUUAAUAAAAUAGAAAUGCGUAAAGCAAGAACGCGUUGUAAUCCAUAUGAAACAAUUCGAAAUGCAUUCUUCUUAAAUCGCGCUGCUGUUAAAAUGGCAAACAUUGACAAAGCUUGUGAUUUUCUAUUCACCAAACCAAAUAAUUUAAAAAACAACGAGCUUCUAUAUUUCGCAGAUGUAUGUGCUGGUCCUGGUGGAUUUAGUGAAUAUGUCUUGUGGAGAAAAAAGUGGCAUGCUAAAGGAUUUGGUUUUACUUUAAAAAAUGAGAAUGAUUUCAAACUAGGUGAUUUCUAUGCUGGAUCACCAGAAACUUUUCAUACCUUCUAUGGUCCAAAGGGUAAUGGGGAUGUAUGUGAUAUAAGUAACCAAGAGGCUUUUAGAGAUUUAAUUAUGAAACAUACUCAUGGCAAGGGUGUACAUUUUAUGAUGUCAGAUGGUGGAUUUUCAGUGGAAAAUCAAGAAAAUAUUCAAGAAAUUAUGUCUAAACAAAUAUACUUGUGUCAAUGCUUAGUAGCUUUAAUGAUAGUAAGAAAUGGAGGAAAUUUUGUAACAAAACUAUUUGAUCUCUUUACGCCUUUUAGUGUAGGAUUAAUAUAUUUGAUAUAUCGUUGUUUUGAUGAAGUGUGUAUUUUCAAACCGAAUACUUCAAGGCCUGCUAAUUCAGAAAGAUACUUGAUAUGCAAAGGAAAACGACACGAUACAAAUGAUAUUGUAAAAUAUUUAUUUUAUGCAAACAAAAUAUUAUUAAAAGGAGACGUAAAUAAGGAUGUUACAGAACUAGUUCCAUUAAAAGAAUUAGAAAUAGAAAAAGAAUUUGUACAAUAUUUGAGAAAAUCUAAUAAUAAUCUUGGAAGUAAACAAAUUAUAGGUCUUCUUAAAAUCGCUGCUUUUUGUGAAGAUAGUACACUCAUAGAACCAAGGCAAGCAGAUAUGCGACGAGAAUGCUUAAAAUAUUGGGAACUACCAGAUGAAAGUCGCACUGUACCAACUUCUUGUAAACCACAAGAAAAUAUCAAAAAUCUUAUAAAAAAUCGUGAUAAUGUGCUUUCACAUCAGCAAGAAAAAUUAACAUAUGUAAAUAUUCGGCAAACUGUAUUGCAUACACCAUAUGACUGGCUAUGUACACCUUGUGGUACUGGAGAAUUCAAUAAAUUAACUACAUUUUAUAUGGGUAUGGGAAGAAGAAAAGUAUAUCGUUAUAUGAAUAAUAGCUGGGAGCAAAUUAAUGACCUUAAAAUAGAAUUACCUCCUGACACUCUUGUCUAUGCAGAAAUAAUAAGUGAAAUUGCAAAAGAAAGAAAAAGUCAACGCAAAAUUUAUGCACUACAUAUCUUGGAUGCUUGGAUACUCGGCGGAGAAGAUAUAAGUCAAAAAUAUUUACCAGACAGGCAUGAACUUAUAAAAAAAUUUUGCGAAGCUUUAUGGAAACCAUUUCCUAAUGAUUUCGCAAGAGUACGCGCAAAGGAACUAUAUGCAUUUAGUCCUGAUAUUAACAAGAAAUUGAAACUUAUUCAACGUUAUAUGAAAAAUAACAAACCAGAAUUAACGUGCGAUAUACCAAAAACACCUUUGGAUGAUGAAGAAACAUUAUAUUUCGUACCAAACAGCAUCAUCUUUUUAAGAAGUACUAGUCGACCUUGGUUCCGAUAUUACAGCAAAAGUCAACAUGAAACAUAUAUUCAUAAUCAAAAAACUAACGAAUCACAUUUCGAUAGAAGAAGGCCACCAGCAGCAGAAGCUAAAUUUGAUGAAACGUUUUGUAAUAGUAUGAUAUGGUAUUGGCCCCAUGAUGAAGUACUUUCAAUGGAUACAGUUAUUCACUCUAUUAGAGAGAAAUGUCCAGAAUUAAUAGAUAGUAAAUAAUUAUAAUAUAAUUUUAUAUAUAUGUAUAUAUAUAUAUAUAUAAAAGGUUGUUCAUUAUUUGAGCCAAUCAUUUGCCAAAUCGAUUAAGUUUACAAAGUAAAAAGUAGACAAAAUUGAACACAAAUAAUGAACAUCGUCGUAUCAUUUAUUAUUGAACGGCCAUAAAAAUUGUUCUAAUUUAGUAGCAUGAGAAUUAGUUAUUAGGCAUAUUUAGUUUAAAUAUAAAAAAUUAAAUGUUGAUCAAGUACUUUGAUAACAAAAAUUAUUUGAUUCUAAAAGUCGAGUUUAUCACUUUGGCCUGUGAUCAAUUGGUUCAUUUAUAAUAAUGAUACUCAAUUUUUGUUUAUAGUUUAUUUAAGCAGCUAGUUAAAAUUAAUCAUUUGAGUACGGACUCGUUUCUUACAGCUUUUCACAUAGUUAGCAAGGAAAGCUUUUUCUUUUUUCUUCUAGAGCAUUUUUUAUAGUGAAUAAUUAAUAUUAUUGUUCAUUUCACAAUCUGUAUCUGACCAAAUAGAAUUUGGCUUUAUAAAUAACAGUUGAUAGAACAAAUCUAACUUUAAUUGUGCUCUUUA